AUGGACGCGGAGACUAUGGUCGAUGCGGACGUAGGGAACACGGACACCCUGAUUGCAGCCGGACCUGAGGCUGGAGAAAAACAACCGGAUAAUGAUAAGCCGGAGAGUAGCGGAGCUACGGACGUGAAUAGGCAACCGAAUGUUGUACCAUCGUCCCAGGAACAGUGGGAAACGAUGAAGGCCAUGAUGGCACAGCUGGACGUGCUCACAAAGGCGUUGGUACCGGAUCCUGUGGUACCAACGGUACGUAGCAAGAUUGUUGCGGGGACCAUUGGGGUAGGUCCUGGAGAUUCUCCGAGAAAGAGAAAGGACUACCUUGAUGCACUGGAGCAUGUCACGAGGCUAAAGACAAAACAUUUCUCGGGUAGUACGGACCCGAUUGUGGCUGACGAGUGGAGGAGUCGACUUGUAAGGAAUUUCAACUCCACUCGCUGCCCGGAGGAGUAUCAAAAGGACAUUGCUGUCCAUUUCCUGGAAGAGGAAGCCCAUGACUGGUGGGUAUCAGUGGAGAAACGUACAGGUGGUCAAGUCCUAACCUAUGCGGACUUCGAGAUAGAAUUCAACAAGAAAUUCUUUCCCCCGGAGGCUUGGGAUCGACUGGAAAGCGAGUACCUGAACCUGGUACAAGGGGUAAUGACGGUACGCGCGUAUGACGUUGAGUUCAGUCGCCUUAGGCGCUUUGUGGGAAAGGAAAUUGAGGAUGAGAAAGCACAAGUACGUCGCUUUAUCCGUGGACUAAGGGUAGACAUCCGCAACCAUUGCGUGAACGGUGUCUUUAACUCGGUCGUGGAAGUGGUGGAAAGGGCGGCUAUGAUCGAAGCUGGGAUAGAGGAAGAGAAACAGCUCAAACGCGAGAAAGUUUCUUCUCGUUCGACUCACCCAGCCAAAACCACCGACCAAAAGAGGAAGUGGGACAAGGUGGAUAACGCAAGGUCUGAACCCAGGUAUGGGGAGUGCAAGACUUGCGGAAAGUACCAUAGCGGUUCUUGCUGGAAGACCGUGGGUGCAUGCGGACGCUGUGGAAGUAAGGACCAUGAGAUCCGAAACUGUCCAAGGAUGGACAAUGGCAAUGGGCCAAGGACCUGCUACUUAUGCGGGAAGGAGGGACAUUUUAAAAGGGAAUGUCCAAAGCUUGAUCAACGGGGAAACCGUGGUGAGGAAACUUUACCGCCACCACCAAAGAAACAGGCUGUUGCACCACGCGUGUAUGAGCUGUCUGAGGAAACUGCCGAUGGGAACUACAGGGCGAUUACUGGUAUGUAA